AUGUGUAAUUUAUUGAACGGCGUCAAAGUGAGUGUCUUGAGGGCUGGUGCUUUAAGGUUAAAGAAUUCCUUCAGGAAUUUCACUGUCAGAUGUCAGCAUUACGGCCACAAUGUAGAUAAGCGCAAUAUAGCUAGCUUGGAUAGGAAGAAACAAACAUUUUCUGAUAGGUCGCAAUUGAAGUACGCCAGAAGAUUGGUGGUCAAACUGGGAAGUGCUGUGAUCACGAGGGAGGACGGCAAUGGACUCGCCCUAGGAAGAUUAGCAUCUAUUGUUGAACAGGUAGCAGAAUGUCACCACGAAGGAAGAGAAUGUAUUAUGGUAACAAGUGGUGCCGUGGCAUUCGGAAGGCAGAAGUUGACUCAGGAGUUGCUCAUGUCUCUAUCCAUGAGGGAAACUCUUUCACCCAGCGACCACACCAGAGAGGACGCGGGCAGUAUUUUGGACCCUCGGGCGGCCGCGGCAGUUGGUCAGUCGGAGUUGAUGUCUAUGUAUGAUGUUAUGUUUUCACAAUAUAACGUGAAAAUUGCUCAGGUGCUUGUGACAAAACCCGAUUUCUACAACGAGGAAACGAGAAAAAACUUGUUUACCACACUCUCAGAGUUGAUAUCUCUAAAUAUAGUACCCAUUGUGAAUACCAAUGACGCCGUUAGUCCGCCGAUGUAUAUUCAUGAUGAUACUGUUGUCCCUGGGACUGGAAAAAAGGGAAUUGGAAUAAAAGACAACGAUAGUCUUUCUGCCUUAUUGGCCGCUGAAGUCCAAUCGGAUCUUCUUAUUAUGAUGUCAGAUGUUGAUGGUAUUUAUAACAAACCACCCUGGGAAGAUGGUGCUCGAAUGAUGCAUACUUAUACAUCAGCUGAAAAAGUACAGUUUGGACAAAAGUCGAAAGUGGGCACAGGAGGUAUGGAUUCAAAGGUGAACGCUGCUACUUGGGCCAUGGCAAGAGGAGUGAGUGUCGUUAUUUGUAACGGCAUGCAGGAAAAGGCUAUCAAAACAAUCAUAAGUGGACGUAAAGUUGGAACGUUCUUCACUGAUUCUCCAAGUGUGUCAACUGCGUCAGUUGACGUAAUGGCUGAAAAUGCUCGCACAGGAAGCAGGACUUUGCAAAAAUUAUCUCCAGCUGAAAGAGCGGCGGCUAUUCAUUCAUUAGCAGAUUUGUUAUUAGAUAAACAAGACAAAAUAUUGGAAGCGAAUGCGAAAGACUUGGAGGAAGCUACAAAAACUGGGCUCGAGAAACCACUUUUAAACAGGUUAUCACUUAGUCCGGGAAAAUUGAAGACCUUAUCCAUCGGUUUAAAACAAAUUGCAGACUCAAGCUAUGAUAAUGUCGGCAGGGUAUUACGAAAGACUAAACUUGCUGAAAAUUUAUUAUUAAAACAAGUAACAGUACCCAUUGGAGUCUUACUUGUUAUAUUCGAAUCAAGACCUGAUUCACUGCCUCAAGUUGCGGCAUUAGCAAUGGCGUCGGGUAACGGACUUUUACUAAAAGGUGGGAAAGAGGCUGCUUACUCAAAUAGAGCAUUAAUGGAAAUCGUUAAAGAGUCUCUACAGCCGUUUGGCGCUUCUGAUGCCGUUUCAUUGGUCUCAACUAGAGACGAAAUAAGUGAUCUGUUAGCAAUGGAAAAGCAUAUAGAUUUGAUUAUUCCUCGCGGUUCUUCUGAACUAGUUAGAAAUAUUCAAAAGCAGUCACAACAUAUUCCUGUAUUGGGUCACGCAGAAGGCAUUUGUCAUGUUUAUUUAGACAAAGAUGCCGAUCCAAGCAAGGCGUUGAAGAUAGUCCGUGACGCUAAAUGUGAUUAUCCUGCAGCUUGUAAUGCUAUGGAGACUUUGCUUAUCCAUGAAGAUCAUUUGUCAGGUACACUGUUCCAGGAUAUAUGUAAUAUGUUAAAACAGGAAGGUGUAAAAAUACAUGCUGGUCCAAAGCUUGCUAGUCAAUUAACCUUCGGACCACCUCCUGCUAGAACAAUGAAAUAUGAGUAUGGUGAUUUAGAAUGCUCUAUAGAAGUCGUCAAGGACUUGGAUGAAGCAAUUGAUCACAUUCAUAAAUUUGGAAGCUCUCACACUGACGUCAUUAUUACGGAGAAUGAUCACACAGCUAGGGAUUUCCUUAAUUCAGUUGACAGUGCCUGCGUUUUCCAUAAUGUUUCAUCACGAUUUGCUGAUGGAUUUAGAUUUGGUCUUGGUGCUGAAGUUGGCAUUUCUACAGCAAGAAUACAUGCAAGAGGUCCAGUUGGUGUUGAGGGCUUGCUAACCACAAAAUGGAUUCUCGAAGGCACAGACCAUACAGCCGCAGAGUUCAAUGAAGGAAAGCGAAAUUGGCUUCAUGAAAAAUUACCCAUCAAUUGA